AUGCCAACUUCAUUGACCAAUUUGACUAGUCUAGCGUUUCUUCGACUAAAUAAUAAUCAACUUUCUAGCAUCAUACCUCGAGAUAUCGGAAGAUUAAGUUCUCUUACCAUCUUAGAUUUGUACGAAAACUAUCUCACUGGUUCAAUCCCCAUUUCUCUAACUAAUUUAACUAGCUUGAACACUCUUGACUUAUCUGAUAACGAACUUUCAGCCAUCAUUCCUCAAGAUAUAGGAAGGCUACGAUCUCUUACUACCUUUCAUGUAUGUGGAAAUAAUCUCAUUGGUCUCAUCCCUACUUCUAUAUGCCACAUGACCAACCUCACAUUUUUAUCAGUUCAUGCAAAUCAACUUACUGGUGACAUCCCUAAAGAUAUUGGAAAACUAAGGUCAUUAG